AUGGGUAUACUUUGGUAUGGACAAGUUAGUCAUAGUAAUGCCUUAGAUCUUGACAUUUUUAUUACUUAUAUUAAUAAUAUUGAUACAAUAGCAUUAUUUACACCAUCUUUUGUUAAUGCAAGUAUUGGAGAUAAUAUAAUAUUUCAAAAAAACCCAUACUCUACCGGAAAUUUUCAAAUUAUAGAAGGUGAUGUGAAAGGGUCUUGUGUAAAAUCUACAAAAUCUGAUGCAUUUACUGCAGAAUUAUCAGAUGCCAACCCAACAGCUACAUUACCACUGGCAAAGUCUGGUACAUUUUUUUUCUUUGAUGCAGAUAUCUAA